AUGAAAUUAGAAACUGUCCAACCACAGGAAAACAGCCUGGCUAAGAUUCAAAGUGUAGGCAAAAGCCUGCAGAGAGUGAACAGAAUCCUCAUGGGCCCAAGGAGCAUCCAGAAAAGUCACUUCAAAGAGGUGGGAAAGCAGAGCAACAGGAAGGAACAGGGUGCCUGGGCAUUUGUGGAGAAUGCUGCCAAAGAAAAAAGGCUCAGGAGUCCAGCCCCAAGGGAGCUGGAACAGCCUCAAAGGCUCAGGAGUCCAGCCCCAAGGGAGCUGGAACAGCCUCACAUAGAGCAGGGGCAUGAGAAGUUAGCAGGAAACACCAUCUAUACCAAGCCUUCGUUCAACCAAGAGCAUAAGGCAGCAGUCUUCUCUUUGCUGAAACCCUUCUCCAUGGGCGUGCCUUCUAUCUCCACCCCUGCAAAAGCCCUACCUGUGGUCAGAAACAGAUUGAAAGACUUAUCCAUUUUGGUUUUAGAAAAUGCAAAGUUGAGUUAA